AUGCGGCGUUCGAGGCGGCCAUUUGCCACAGCGUCACAGGCUUUGCCGCUUGCCGGACCUAGUCGAUCUGCGCUGCACUUCGAUGUUGUCGUCGUCGGUGCGGGUCAUGCAGGCUGCGAGGCAGCUGCAGGCUCAGCUCGAACAGGAGCGCGAACGCUUCUGGUCACCACCAACAAGCAAAGCAUCGGCGAACUGAGCUGCAAUCCGAGUCUCGGUGGCGUCGGAAAGGGCACGUUGGUGCGUGAGGUCGACGCGCUCGGCGGACUUUGCGGUAUCGUCGGCGAUAAGGCUGGCAUCCAGUUUCGCAUGCUCAACAAAUCGAAGGGACCUGCCGUGCAUGGACCUAGAGCGCAGAUCGACCGAUCCCUGUACCGACAACACAUGCAAGAGGCGUUGCGAGGUUACCCGAAUCUGACCAUCCUCGAGGCCAAGGUGCGUGGAUUGCAGCUGGACUGGUCGAACGGAGGGCAGGGUCCGGAUGGAAAGCACAGAAGGGCAGUCGUCCGCGGCGUCACGACGGUCGGUGGCGACAGCAUCAGCUGUAGUCAAGUCAUUCUGGCCACCGGCACCUUUCUCUCCGCCGACAUCCACUUAGGUCUGGAAUCAAGACCGGCUGGGCGCAUGCUACCUUUACCGUCUGCAAAUGACGACCCUGCUUCCGACGGUCUGAGUCAGAGUCUAGCCCGGGCCGGGUUCGAGCUCGGCCGUCUCAAGACCGGUACACCUGCGAGAAUUGCCGCUUCCUCGGUCCGCCUGGGUAGUCCGUGGCAGAGCGGCCGCAACGUCGAUCCUCGACUCGAAGUGAUCCACGGAGACGCGGUUCCAGCGCCGUUUUCUUUUCUCAACGAUGCUCCCGAUAUCGAUCCCGCCCAGCAAGCCGAGUGCUGGGGCACUCAAACAACAGCAGCAACCCACGACAUUGUGCGGCAUAACCUCGACAAGUCGAUCCACAUCAAAGAGACAGUCCGAGGGCCACGUUACUGCCCUUCGAUCGAAUCCAAAGUGAUUCGCUUCAAGGAGAAGCAAAGUCAUCCGGUUUGGCUCGAACCCGAGGGCCGGCCAGGCACCGUCGAUGGGUCGGUUCUCUACCCUAACGGACUGUCAUGCACGCUGCCGGCCGAGGAGCAGCUGGAGGUGCUUCGCAGCAUUCCAGGACUUGAGCAAGCAGAGAUGGUCCGACCAGGAUACGGUGUGGAAUAUGACCACGUGGACGCGCGACAUUUGCAUCACAGUCUUGAGACGAAGCGGAUCGAAGGACUCUGGAUGGCAGGCCAAAUCAACGGCACCACAGGAUACGAAGAGGCCGCGGCUCAGGGGUGUGUUGCUGGCAUCAAUGCGGCCCUCAAAGUCAACGGACUAGAUGCGCUCGCGAUAGGCAGAUCGGGAGGCUAUGUGGGAACGAUGAUCGACGACCUGGUGAUGCAGGGUGUGGAGGAGCCAUACCGGAUGUUCAGCUCUCGGAGCGAGUACAGGAUGACCUUACGCGCCGACAACGCAGACACGCGGCUGACACCGCUGCUGCGCGCAGCCUACACCUCGGCGAUCGACGAGCAGCGUUGGCGACGCUUUUGCACGGUGCAAGCUGACAUGGAUCACGCAUUCGCGCUGCUCAGAUCGAAGCGGAUGAGCCCACACGGCUGGAUGAAGCACGGCUUCCAUUGCUCUGGCGACUCGCACGAGCGUGACGGUAUGGACAUGCUCAAGCAGCCUCGGCUAGGCAUCCGCGAUCUGGUUGCGGUGAUCCCGGAGCUGGCAGGCUUGAGCGAGGCGGUGAUGGAUAGAGUAGAGACAGAGGCAAGAUACAGGCCGCAUCUGGAGAGACAAGCUCACGAGAUCGAAGCCUUCAACAAGGACACACGACUGCGCUUCCCUGAGGGGUUCAACUUUGCCAGCGUUCCCGGACUGAAUUCGCAGCUGCGGGAGAAGCUGGAGCUUCUGCGCCCGACUUCGUUGGUACGUACAUGCUUCGAUCUACGAUGA